AUGGGUUGGGUUAACCCAUGGGUUGGGUUGGGUUGGGUUGGGUUGGGUUGGGUUGGCAACAACAUCAACAACAACAUCAACAACAACAUCAACAACAACACCAUCAUCAACAACAUCAGCAACAACACCAUCAUCAACAACAUCAACAACAACAACAACAACAACAUCAACUACAACAUCAACAACAUCAGCAACACUAUCAACAACAACAUCAACAAUAACACCAUCAACAACAACACUAUCAACAACAACAUCAGCAACAAGAUCAUCAUCGGCAUAAACGUCAGCAACAUAACGCAACAUCAAAAUCAACGGCACUAA